UUGGAGCACGCGGACGGCGGCAUGGCGGCUCACCGCUCCGGCCCGCUAAAACAGCAGAAUAAGCCUCAUAAAGGCGGGCGGCAUCGGGGUCGAGGGUCGGCACAGCGAGAUGGCAAAGGCCGCCUAGAAAUGAAAAUCCUGUGCAAGAAGGUGAAAAAAGAGCUGAGCAGAAUAGACCAGAGACAUCGCGCCAGCCAACUCCGAAAGCAGAAGAAGGAGGCGGUUCUGGCAGAGAAGAGACAUUUGGGCAGCAAGGAUGGGCCUCCCCAUCAGGUGCUGGUGGUGCCUCUGCACAACAGGAUUUCCCUGCCUGAGGUCUUGGGACUGCUUCAGGAUGGAGACUUGGGAACAGUAUGCUUCAAUGAAUGUGGAAACACUCACAGCUUUAUGCUACUGUGCCCACAAUUGAAACAUCGGUGGUUUUUCACAUUUGCAAAGCCAGGGGAUCUGCACACUGUGUUAGACCUGGCUAAAGUGGCUGAUACCAUCCUGUUUCUCCUUGAUCCACUAGAAGCUUGGGACAGCACUGGAGAUUACUGCCUUUCCUGCCUCUUUGCUCAGGGCCUUCCCACCUACACACUAGCUGUCCAGGGGGUUUCUGGCCUCCCACUGAAGAAACAAAUAGAUGCCAAAAAGAAGUUAAAUAAAGUAGUGGAGAAGCGCUUUCCUGAUGACAAACUACUCUUGUUAGACACCCAACAGGAGGCAAGCAUGCUGCUUAGACAGUUGGCUAACCAAAAGCAACGGCAUCUUGCUUUUCGAGAUCGGAGGGCCUACCUGUUUGCCCAUGCUGCUGAUUUUGUGCCUAGUGAAGAGAAUAACUCUGUGGGCACCUUGAAAAUCUCGGGUUAUGUUCGUGGGAGGACUCUGAAUGUAAAUAGCUUGCUGCAUAUUGUUGGAUAUGGAGACUUCCAAAUGAAACAGAUAGAUGCUCCCAUGGAUCCUUUCCCCUUAAAUACUAGAGUGAAUAAGUCCCAGAAGGACUCAAGCAUGGCAAUGGAGAUUUGUGCUGUAGAUGCUGUGGUUAAUAUGGAAGAAGAUCUUAAGAUCCUAAUGAAGGCAGACCCCAAUAAACAGGAAUCUUUGCAAGCAGAGGUCAUCCCAGAUCCAAUGGAAGGGGAGCAGACCUGGCCCACUGAGGAGGAACUGAAUGAGGCAGAUGAUUCUGUGAAGCAAAGUUCUAAGGUGGUAAAGAAGGUUCCCAAAGGAACAUCCAGUUACCAAGCUGAAUGGAUUUUGGAUGAAGGUGAUGGAAGUGAUGGGGAAGGAGAUGAGUAUGACAUGGAACAUGAGGAUUUUAUGGAAGAAGACUCUCAGGUUGAGAGUGCUGAAGAGGAAGAUGAGGAGGAAUGUGAAACGCUGACAACAGGGGAGUCUGUGCGUGAUGAUCUGUAUGAUGAGAAAGUGGAUGAAGAGGCUGAGGAAAAAAUGCUGGAGAAAUAUAAACAAGAAAGAUUAGAAGAGAUGUUUCCUGAUGAAAUGGAUACCCCCCGUGAUGUGGCUGCCAGAGUGCGCUUUCAGAAAUAUAGAGGCCUCAAGAGUUUCCGGACAUCUCCAUGGGAUCCUAAGGAAAACCUCCCUCAAGACUAUGCUCGGAUCUUUCAGUUUCAGAACUUUAUUAAUACUAGGAAACGUAUCUUUAAAGAGAUUGAGGAAAAAGAAGCUGAAGGAGCUGAGGUCGGCUGGUAUGUCACACUUCAUGUCUCUGAAGUCCCUGUCUCAGUAGUUGAAUACUUCAAACAAGGAGCACCCUUGAUUGCAUUUUCUUUGCUCCCUCAUGAACAGAAGAUGUCAGUAUUGAACAUGGUGGUCAGUCGGAGCCCUGGCAACACUGAACCUGUGAAAGCCAAAGAGGAACUGAUCUUCCAUUGUGGAUUCAGGCGCUUCCGAGCCUCACCUUUAUUCUCUCAGCAUACUUCAGCGGACAAACAUAAAUUUCAGAGAUUCCUAACUGCUGAUGCAGCUGUAGUGGUGACAGUGUAUGCACCAAUCACUUUCCCUCCUGCAUCUGUGCUGCUUUUCAAGCAGAAAAGUAAUGGAAUGCACAGCCUCAUUGCUACAGGACAUCUGUUAUCGGUGGAUCCGGACAGAAUAGUCAUCAAGAGAGUUGUUCUAAGUGGUCAUCCUUUCAAAAUUUUUACCAAGCUGGCGGUAGUGCGUUAUAUGUUCUUCAACAGAGAGGAUGUGCUGUGGUUUAAACCAGUGGAACUGAGAACAAAGUGGGGCCGCAGGGGACACAUCAAGGAACCUUUAGGUACCCAUGGUCACAUGAAGUGCAGUUUUGAUGGGAAGCUAAAAUCUCAGGACACAGUAUUGAUGAACCUCUAUAAACGGGUAUUCCCCAAGUGGACUUAUGAUCCAUAUGUACCAGAACCUGUAUCUUGGGUGAAAAGUGAGACUUCUUCAACAGUGCCUGAAGUGGACAUAGAAUAAUGGAUUCACUGGGAUCUGACCAUUCCUCUGAUAGGAGUCAGUGGGAUGUGAUUGGGCAGUUUGUCACUACUGUUUUGGCCUAUUUGUCUGCUGCCCCACUACAAAAUUUAUUUUGAUCUGAAGUAUCACAU